ACAUUUCUACGGUGCGGUGGUUCAAAUUGGUGGCUAACUAAAAUCAGCAAAUGCUAAGCAACGCGUGCUAAUAACGAGACUUACAAAUCAAAUCAGAUUCUAUCAAAAAACAAUAAGAAGUGCUGUGAAUUUGUGCCCGUUUGGCCAAAAAUAAACGAAAUCUUCAAAACUAACUAACGUGGCAGCAUGUCGUUUGCUCUUACCAGCUGACAUUGACUAAGAGGCCUGUUAAGCGAGCAACACUCAAAUAGGAUACAGGAUAUAUAAAUAUAUAUAUAUAAAUAUAUAUAGGAAUAACUUAUCGUAUAUAGAGUUUAUAUACAGUCCAACAAAAUGGCUAUGCAAUACCACAACUACAACAGCAGCACACGCUACGAGAUGGUCGUUGAGAUAGCCAACAUUGCAUUAGAUGAGUUUAAAACACAUCAUCUGACCCGCAACUACACGGGGCUGGUGCAGCGCUACUACCAGCUCGUCGAGGAGGAUUACGGCGAUCCGCGUGCUGUACGCUUUCCCCUUAUGGAGCAUCCGCUCUUCACAUUCGGCCUGGUCGCCAUCUAUUUAUCCUGGGUGCUGGUGUUGGGUCCUUUCUUUAUGCGAGACCGCAAACCCUUCCAGCUGCGCCGCACACUUGUCGUUUACAAUGCCUUCCAGGUGCUGCUCAGCGGCUACAUGUUCUAUGAGCAUUUAAUGGCAGGCUGGCUGAACUACUACAAUCUGAAGUGCCAACCGGUUGACUAUUCGGAUGGGCCCAUGUCUAAGCGGAUGCUGAAUCUGUGCUACAUUUAUUAUCUAUCCAAGCUAACAGAGUUCGCCGACACCGUGUUCUUUGUGCUGCGCAAGAAAUCAUCGCAAAUCACCUGGCUGCAUGUCUAUCAUCAUUCGGUGACGCCGCUGGAGACCUGGGUGCUGGUCAAGUUCCUGGCAGGCGGCAAUGCGACAUUCCCCAAUCUGCUGAACAACUUUGUGCAUGUGUGCAUGUACUUCUACUACAUGAUGUCCGCCAUGGGACCGGAGUAUGCCAAAUUUUUGUGGUGGAAGAAAUACAUGACGGAGCUGCAGAUCGCGCAGUUUGUGCUUUGCAUUGUGCAUACCACACGAGCGCUCUUCAGCAAUCAGUGCCAGUUCUCCAAGUUUAUCUCGGCGCUUCUGCUGCUGAAUGCAUCCAUAUUCUUCUGCCUCUUCAUGAACUUCUAUAUGCAGAGCUACCGGAAGUCCAAGGCUCAGCAGCAGCAGCAGCAGCAGCAGCUGGCGGCGGGAGCGUUAAGCUCGAAAGCUGAUGGCAACAACAACAACAACAGCGCACUACAACAGGAUAAGCAGCAGCAACAGGAGCAGAUCCUGGCGCACAAAUUGAAGGCCCACUAGGCGACUAUUGCGACAAAAAAUAGAGAGAAAAAAAUGCUUCCAAGCGCUGCUCGCUUGCUAAAAGCUGUAAAAUACGAUAGAAAUUGGUGUUGGUUCACAAGGCGGGCAGCUCGCCAAUUUGGAAGUCGUUUUUGGUACAAAGGUUUUACUUUAAUUCAAAUGGGGAGCCAUAAAUGUGUUUAGCUAGAACUGCAAAAAAUGCCCAAAAAAAAAAAACAAAAACAUAAAAGAAAAAAGAAAGAGAAUAAAAAAUCGAAUGCUUAGCCAGCAUAGAUUUUGAUUUUCUGCCAGGGGUUAUGCAAUAUAGUGUAAAUAGAAAGAUAAAUAUAUGUCUGGGUUUAAUUUUGUUGCACCUACUGACCAUAUAGAUAACUUUGCUUGAUUGCUUGUCAAUGUAUCUUAGAUAACUAAAGUAGAACUGGGUCAAUUUUUACGAUCUUAAGCAUAAGUUUAAGUCAUUUAAUUUUAGAACCUCGAAAAUGCGCGCCGCUAACAAAUAGAUACAUAAAUA